UAGCAACCCAAGCAACAUCUGGAAACUCUCUCUUUCUCUCUCCGUUGUGCCUGUAAGAUCAAAGCAGCAUGUCUUUUAUUAAAGUGGACGAGAAUUCCCAUUUCCCCAUUCAAAACCUGCCCUACGGAAUCUUUUCCACGCGAGACGAGCCCAGACACAGGAUUGGAGUAGCCAUUGGUGAUCAGGUGCUGGACCUCAAUGCUGUUAAACAUCUCUUUGAUGGACCUGUCCUUUCAAAGCAACACCAUGUCUUUGAGCAGUCAACUCUCAAUGCUUUCAUGGCAUUGGGCUGGGAAGCUUGGACCGAGGCCAGAUCGUGGCUGCAAAAGAUUCUCUCUGACAAAGAGCCAACACUCAGAGAUAACACAGAGUUGCGCAAAAGAGCAUUUAUACCUCAAGCGUCUGCAGUAAUGCAUCUUCCAGCUGAAAUUGGAGAUUACACAGAUUUCUACUCUUCUCGGCAACAUGCAACAAACGUCGGGAUGAUGUUUCGAGGAAAGGAGAAUGCGCUGAUGCCCAACUGGUUGCACCUACCAGUUGGGUACCAUGGACGUGCUUCUGCAUUUUUCAUCGGACCUGGAAACACGCUUGGAGUACCCAUCCCCAUUGGUGAAGCUCACAAACACAUCUUUGGAAUGGUGCUCAUGAACGACUGGAGUGCUCGUGACAUUCAGAAGUGGGAGUAUGUCCCCCUAGGUCCAUUCCUGGGCAAGAGUUUUGGCACCACUAUCUCUCCAUGGGUUGUCACUAUGGAAGCUCUGAUGCCCUUUGCACUGCCAAAUCCUAUCCAGGACCCCAAGCCCCUGACUUACCUUUGUGAUGACCAGCCUUAUACUUUUGACAUAAACCUCUUCGUUGCUAUAAAAGGAGAUGGUAUGUGCAAGCCGGUAAAUAUUUGUCGGUCAAACUUUAAGCACAUGUAUUGGACUAUGAAACAGCAGCUAACUCACCACACUGUUAACGGUUGCAACCUCAGACCUGGAGAUCUUCUGGCCUCUGGAACUAUUAGUGGGCCAGAACCUGAGAAUUUUGGGUCCAUGUUGGAACUGUCCUGGAAUGGGACAAAAAGUAUCAAUCUCGGGCAUGAUCAAUCCCGAACAUUUCUGCAGGAUGGAGAUGAGGUCAUUAUGACAGGGUACUGUCAGGGAAAAGGUCAUCGAAUUGGGUUUGGUGAAUGUUCUGGAAAAAUCCUUCCUGCCAGAACGAUCUAAGAAGGUGACAAAACAUACAAAAUGGAGAAGUUUGGAGAUGUUUCUACGUUUGUUUGACAUAAAGAAGCAUAAAACCAUUAUGUCAGUUACAAUGUUCUCUUUUUUUCUUCAGUCAAUGUUUUUGGCAGUCUGAUUUCUUGAUAUUUUCUUGACAAAUAUAUUUUGGGAAUACAACAA